AUGGCGUCCGCCCUGCUGGCCAGUAGCCGUAAUGAGCCGUUCUGGGGGGAGCCGAAGGUUUAUAUGAGGAAGAACCCAAGCCCUAACCCUAACCCUAACCCUAGGCCGGCCUCCGACAACCGCAGCAAGGACCGGCCCCGGGUAGCGUCGGUAUCUUCCCCAUUCUUAGAUCGCCUCGACCAUGCCGCCGGGACCGACGAGCCGACCUCCGCCAGCUACGCCGCAGUUCCUGCCGCCUCCGACGACUCCUCGUCCUUCAACCACCACAAGGCCUCUGGGAAACCUAGCAAUCAUCAACACUAUCUCACCAGGCCAUCCAGGAAGGAAUCCGGCUUCGACAGUGCGUACGUGACAUUCGACAUCGCGACCUGUUCUAGGAGGGAGCUACAGGAGUUGAAGCGCCGCCUGAUAUCUGAGUUGGAACAGGUCCGAUCCCUCAGCAACCGGAUCAAGUCCGGCGAUCUCCAGACUGCCAGAUCUGCCUGCUUCAGCACCUCCGGCUACGGUGGGGGCGGUGGUGGGGGGCGCGAGGUCACAUCGGCGGCCGCGGUCUCCAGGCCUUCACCGGUGCUCAUUAGCCAACCACCGGUCUUGGAUUCCUCACCUCGCCUCUCUGCAUCAGACCGCCGGACGCCCAAGGGAGGCAACCAUUACCUCCUGCCGGCAGCCGAGUCACCCUUGGGAGGCUGUUCGGGGACCGCGUCUUUCCCACACGGUGACAACGACAAGAACCUCUCCGUCGGCAAGCGAUCUCUGCCCCUGACCUCUCCCCGGGAAGCCAAGCGGCAGGCCACAGGGGAAUCUGAGAAGCUCUUGGCCGUCAUGAUGAAAAAAUGCGUCCAGAUCUUGACGAAAUUGAUGAAACAUCGGUACGGCUGGGUUUUCAACACGCCGGUGGAUGUGAUGGGUUUGGGUCUGCAUGACUAUCACCAGAUCAUCAAGCGUCCGAUGGACCUCGGCACAGUCAAGUCCAAGCUGGACAAGAGCUCCUACACCUCACCCGUAGAGUUCGCUGCCGACAUCAGGCUUACCUUCAACAACGCCCUCCUAUACAAUCCAGAGGGACACGACGUGCACAAGAUGGCGGAACAAUUGCUCAAUCUGUUCGAGAAGCUGUUCGCCGAUGCGUACAAGGCGUACGAUAAACAGACGCAGUUCCAGGGAAAAGGGGAUGAAGAGGAGAGAAAUAGCCACUCUGGAUCUAAUGUGCACUUACCGCAGGAGGAGGCUGCUGGUAGGGUCCCUCUUGCCCUGGCAAGUAUGCCUUCUGCACCCAGCGCAACUCCUUCCCCCCCAAGUGUGCCGGGCCGCGCCCCCUCCCCGUCUACUCUUCCGCCAGCCCAUAUUCAGCCGGUGGCCCCACCAGCGAAGCCAGAGAUGCCUGCUGCUUCCGUUCCGACCAGACCGGCCGUAGGGAAGCAGCCCAAGCCGAAGGCGAAGGAUCCGAAAAAGAGGGAGAUGAGCUUCGAGGAGAAGAAAAAGCUGAGCUUGGGGCUGCAGAGCCUGCCUCAGGAGAAGAUGGCCCAGGUACUACAGAUAGUGCAGAGGAGGAACCCCGACCCGGCCCUGCACGGGGACGAGAUCGAGUUGGACUUUGAGACACUGGACACGGAGACUCUCUGGGAGUUGGACCGUUUUGUUGGCAACUGCAAGAAGAUGAUGAGCAAAAUGAAGAGGCAGGAGGCAAUAUUGGCCGCGGCUCCUGGGGGCCCUGGUCCUACUUCCGAAACAGCUGAGAACAACACUGCCGAGAAGGUGAUGGCGCUUCCUCCUCUUCCUUCCGUUUCUAUUACGUCGCUUCUCCUUCGUCGCCCCUAGCUGACGACAUCGUAUUCCUUGACCGUCACGCCUGCAGAAUCUACCGACGGCUAUGGAGGCGCCCGAGCCUGGCAAGAGGGUCGGCAAGAAGGCCGGUGAACUCGGCGAGGAAGACGUGGACAUUGGCGAGGACAUGCCUUCGUCUCAUUUCCCUCCGGUGGAGAUCGAGAAGGAUACCGGUAACCACAGUGAAUCGAGCAGCAGCUCCAGCAGCUCAGGCAGCGACUCAUCAUCCUCCAGUGGUACGUCCGUUGGCACAAAACCCUUCUACCCCUCGCCAGCCUCCCUUUCUUCGACUUCCGCAUUGGCCUGAAUCCUUUUUCUAUCUGGCGUCCUCUGCUGCAGAUUCCGACUCUCGAAGCUCAGCAGAGAGCGACUCGGACGCCGACGAUGCCCAAUCCCCCGCAGUUGGGUAG